AUGGGACUUGGCAACUGCGAACUUGCAGUGGCUCUUCUUCUGUUUCUAUCAUGUUCCUGCUCAGUUUAUGGUGAUGCAGGAGAUACCAUAACUACUUCUCAACCCAUCAAAGAUCCAGAAGCUAUAGAGUCUGCCGGAAAAAUGUUUCAACUGGGAUUUUUCAGCCCAGUUAAUUCAACAUAUCGAUAUGUCGGAAUAUGGUAUAGUAAUAUAUCAGCAGCAACUCAAGUACUAUGGGUGGCCAACAGAAACAACCCAAUCAACGAUUCUUCUGGGAUGAUGACAAUAUCUGAAGAUGGAAAUCUUGUGGUUUUGAAUGGUCAGGAAGAGGUUCUGUGGUCAUCAAAUAUUUCAAUUGGGUUUAGUCAGUCAACUGCACAGCUUACUGAUGAUGGAAACCUUGUCUUGAAAGCUGGACCGAAUGGAAACCUUGUAUGGCAAAGUUUCCAGCAGCCUACGGAUACUUACAUACCAAAGAUGAGACUUAGUUCUAACGCAAUAACAGGGAAAAAGACACGGCUAAUGUCAUGGAGAAGCUCAUCUGAUCCUUCAGUUGGAAACUUCUCUGCUGGUCUCAAUCCAUUAGGAAUUCCUGAGUUCUUCAUCUGGUACAAUGGUCAUCCAUUUUGGCGUAGUGGUCCAUGGGGUGGUCAGAAUUUUAUUGGAAUACCAGGAAUGUAUACUUCUGUGUAUUUAGAAGGAUUUAGUGUACAACAAGAAGCAGAUGGCACUUUCACUCUUAGUUUAAUUCGAGACCCAGUUAUCCGUGCAACGUAUGUUUUGACUUCUGAUGGAAAAUUUAUAGAACAAUACUGGGAUUAUGGUAAGCAAGGUUGGGAGUAUGACUGGGAAGCUCCAUCAACUGAGUGUGAUAUUUAUGGCAAGUGCGGGCCAUUUGGAAGCUGCGGUGCACAGAAUUCACCUAUCUGCACAUGUUUAAAAGGGUUUGUUGCAAAAAAUAAAGAUGAAUGGAACAAAGGAAUUUGGACUAGCGGAUGUGUUAGGAUGACAUCGUUGCAGUGUGAUGGAAUACAAAAUGGUAGUGAAGUGGGAAAAGAAGAUGGGUUUAUGAAGCUAGAGAUGAUGAAGGUGCCAACCUUUGCCGAGUACUGGUCAAAUACGUCCUCCGAACAAGAAUGCAAAGAUGAGUGCUUGAGGAAUUGUUCUUGUGUCGCUUAUUCAUAUUAUAAUGGUUUUGGCUGUAUGGCAUGGACAGGAAACUUGAUUGAUAUACAAAAGUUCUCUGAAGGAGGGACAGAUCUCAACAUUCGCCUGGCGCGUACAGAACUUGAUAACAAGAGAAACAGGGAAAUAAUCAUCAGUCUGUCAGUGAUUGCAGGAGCCAUAGCUAUCUGCAUCUGUGUGUUUUUUUCUUGGAAGUGGAUGGCUACACAUAGAGAAAAGAAAAAAACAAUUCUCAAAUAAUAACGAUACUACCACUUAAAUUCAGAAAGGAAUUUGUUGCCCGAAAACAUCAUGGAAGUUAAACUUGAACCAUUCUUCAAAUUACAAAUUCUUGAAACUGCUACAAACAACUUUGACAUAUCCAUGAAGCUUGGGCAGGGCGGCUUUGGUGCAGUAUACAGGGGAAAAUUGCCAGAUGGACAGGAAAUAGCUGUGAAAAGACUCUCUAGAACAUCUGGUCAAGGGCUUGAAGAGCUCAUGAAUGAAGUUGUGGUGAUUUCAAAACUCCAACACAGGAAUCUUGUGAGACUUCUUGGUUGCUGUGUUGAAGGAGAAGAGAUGAUGUUGGUUUAUGAGUACCUGCCGAAUAAAAGCUUGGAUGCAUUUCUCUUUGAUUCACUCAGGAAAGGACAUCUAGAUUGGAAAAGACGCUUCCACAUUAUUAAUGGAAUUUGUCGAGGUCUUCUUUACCUUCACAGAGAUUCUAGACUAAGAAUCAUUCAUAGAGAUCUGAAGCCAAGUAACAUCUUAUUGGACCACGAGCUGAAUCCAAAAAUUUCAGACUUCGGAAUAGCCAGGAUUUCUGGCGGCAAUGAAGUGAAUACUACCAGGGUUGUUGGAACCUUUGGCUUUAUGUCCCCUGAAUAUUUAAUGGAAGGAAGAUUUUCAGAGAAAUCAGAUGUAUUUAGCUUUGGAGUGUUGUUGCUGGAGAUCGUGAGCGGAAGGAGGAACGCUCAUUUUUAUAGCAAUGAGCAUGCUUUGAGUCUUAUAGGAUUUGCUUGGAAACUGUGGAACGAAGGUGACAUUGCAGCUUUGGUCGAUCCUGCAAUAUCAGAUCCAUGUUUUCAGGUGGAGAUAUUCCGAUGCAUACAUAUUUGUCUGUUGUGUGUGCAAGAAUUGGCGAAAGACAGACCGGCCGUGUCUACCAUCACUUCCAUGCUAAAUAGUGAAAUUGUGGAUCUUCCUCCCCCAAAGAAACCAGCAUUUGUUGAAAGGCAGAGUUCCUUGGGUACAGAGUCCGUUACUCAGAGCCAGAAGAUAAAUUCCAUUAACAAUGUGACAAUUUCUGAUCUUAAAGGCCGAUAGAGUUCAGAACAUGUUUACUUUUCUGUUUGAUCAUUGUGAAAUGUCAUAUAACAUUCCAUUGGUUGGAAUG